CACACACCAGCCACAACUAGCCGGCCAGACCCACCAUUGACAUCAUCCUCAGGGUCCCCAGGAUCCCCAGAGUCCUCAGAGUCCUCAGAGUCCUUACAAUCCCCAAUUACUCAAUUACCGACCAAAAAAUCCGGAAUCCCAUCAUCCCACAUCGUGCAGUGCUGAUUAAAAAAUUCACUCACCCCCAUUCCACCCCAAUUACAACAUUGAUAUAAUUAUUUUAAUCAUCCACCACAUCAAUCUAUUUAAAUUGUCACAUAAAUAAUUGUUAAAUAAAUAGUGUUGAUAAUGUUCUUCGGGUUGUGGAAAGUGCGAGGAAAGUGAGAGGAUUUUGAUAACGGAAAGUCGAGUGAUAUGUUAACCGAGGACAAUGACCCGACAAAACCGGCCGGGGUGUUAGACAAUGUUGGUAACGUGUCAUCAUCGACGGAGGCUACAGUGCAGGGUCCACGCAAUUCUAAUAAUGAGGCCGAAGUCAAGAAUGAAGUCCAGGAGUGUCCGGAGAGUGAGAAUUUGCCGGAGAGUGAAUUGUACGUCGACGAAAAUGCCGUUGAGAAGGAGCAAGAGUAUCCGGACUCGAUGGAAAAAACCGACUACAGUACUCUCUACGGUGCCAAUCAGUAUUAUAAUAGUCUCUACAACUCACCCUCGUACGGGUCAACGAACUCGACGAAGAACUCGACGAGUCUCCAAAGUUCGUACUUAGGAUACACGUCACCAAGUCCAAUGGCACAAUAUCCAUCGUAUCCUGGAUACAACAGCAGUGGUACGACGUUUUCAUCGGUUAGCCAGAAUAUAUCUAGUGCAACCCAGAAAUUGGAUUACAGUGCAUACAGCAGCACUUGUCUCUAUGGAAAUGAUCGUGUGCCAUUGCAGUACUCUGGGUACUACCCCAUGCCAGGGUAUCACACUACUCCACCUUCAUUUAAUAUUGGAAAUUUGAAUUUCUCAGAAUCCAAUAAAACCGGUCUGGGAUUAGAAGCGCCGCAUCAUGAUCCAAAUGAUAUUGCAGGUCGAGAAGCUGCCAAUAUUGAAGGGACAUCGGCGAAGCCCUGCAAACGCGGCAGAAGACAGAGCGGAAGUGGAAAUAGUAUAGGUUCAGCAGAUACAACGGAAGCCGGACCCGAUCGAAUAUUCAUUUGGGAUCUCGACGAAACCAUAGUUGUAUUCCAUUCGCUCUUGACCGGUCAGUUCGCUGCCAAACACGCCAAGAAUCCCGAUUUGUUGGUACAGCUGGGUUACAGGAUGGAGGAGAUGAUAUUCAAUUUAGCCGACACACAUUUUUUCUUCAAUGAAGUUGAAGAGUGUGAUCAAGUGCACAUCGACGACGUAUCCUCUGAUGACAACGGCCAGGACUUGUCCUCGUAUAAUUUCUCAGCUGAUGGUUUCCAGUGCACAUCGGCGAACAACGGAAUUUGUGUAGCCUCUGGAGUACGAGGUGGUGUUGAUUGGAUGCGAAAACUUGCGUUUCGGUACAGAAAAAUCAAAGAGAUAUACUGCAAUUACAGAAAUAAUGUAGGAGGAUUGCUCGUUGUACCGAAGCGCGAGCAGUGGCUACAGCUGAGAGCUGAAAUUGAAUUGGUUACGGACAAUUGGCUAACAUCAACAAUCAAGUGUUUAAGUCUCAUUAGUAAACGGAGUCAUUGUGUUAAUAUUCUUGUUACAACAACACAACUUAUACCGGCACUGUCCAAAGUUCUGCUGUUUGGAAUUGGAGGGCUCUUCCCAAUCGAGAAUAUUUACUCGGCCUCUAAAAUUGGAAAAGAAAGCUGCUUCGGUAGAGUCGUAGCUAAAUUCGGGAGAAAAUGUACGUACGUGGUGAUCGGCGACGGUUCGGAUGAGGAAACAGCUGCAAGGGCGCACAAUUUUCCAUUCUGGAAGAUAAACAGUCACUCGGAUACCCAAGCCCUUUACAACGCCCUCGAGAUGGGUUUUCUUUAAUGAAAAUUUCAUAGAAAACAUUGAAAUUUUUGACCAACUUAUUGUCAUUCCAAUAAAUUUUAUAAUCAAGUGAUCAUUGCUGUAAGCAGGAAAUCGAUAUCGCAGACUAAUUUUAUCGAUUAAUUCAGGGUCCACAAGUGAUGAACUAUCGUUCAUAUAUCGAAAUGAUAAUGUAACGAAAGUAAUUGUGAAAGUGUACGAAAAAUCUAUUAAAUGGGGGGUGAAUUUUUAACUGAGACAUUUAGCGAGCUUCUACGUGUAUAGAAAUUAUAAAUUUUAUCGAGAUUAUAACGAUUAAUGUGUCUAGUACUUAAAGAAUGCGGCGAGGGUAGAUCACAGUGUUGAAAUGGUGAGAAAACAUGAAUCUACAAUUAUCUUCCUCACCUAGAGAUUUAGAGAGCAAUAAAUUAAAUGUAACGCCAUUCCACCACUGGGUCCCCCCAAAAAUCAUGUUUUCUUUUGAAGAAACAAACAACAGAUGACAUUUUGUUUAUCAACCUGUACCAUAUCAAACGAACAAUUUCUUUUACGUUGUUGAUACACUUAAUCGAAAAAUAAAUAUUCAGAUAAGAAUCCCGAGCAAUUGGUAUAUUAUUCAAAAGCAGAUUUAUUUAUCAUAUAAAAUAGAAAAUAGCAGUUUACAAAGCCAACAUUAAUUCAUAUUCCAACUCACAUUUCAAUAGAUUCAAACUGGCGAAUCAAACGAAUUUAUCUACG